AUGUGAGAUUAUGCAGUAACGCAUGCCUUAUUAAAACACAAGCCAUAGAAGAGAGUUUUAAAAUAGAACUAUUGAUAAGGAUUUUAUCAAUAGUCCUAUUAUUUAAUAGUUUAUAAAUGCUUAUUUUUAUAAAUCUAAGGUGAAUUGCUUUUAACAGUUAUUUAUUUUUAAGACUGAUACAUAAUUAUUUUACUCUUUAUAAGUGAUAUUUAUAAUUCAAGGUUAUUUUUUUAUUCAUCUAAAUAAGCAUCAAUUAUAUUGUCAAACCUUCUGAUUUAUUUUCUGUGAGAAAUAUCUACGUAGAACAUACAUUAUUUUUAUAUGAACGUAAAUAGACAGAGUUGGAAGUGAUCUUAUCAAACUACAAAAAAAGUCGUAUGUCGUUCAAAAAGUGACCUAAAUUCAAGUUCAGUUCACAUAACUACGGAAACAACAGUAUAAUCCAAUGUCUGUUCACUUGUGCAAACAAAUAAUCUAACCUUAUCAUAGAACAAGUAUUUUACAAAUAAUAGUUUUCUUUAUAUUUACCUGCUUUCGCAAAUAUUGUUUCAGUAACUUCUAACCUAUAAGUGUACUAUUGCAGCAGACAGAAGCAGAUAAACUAAGGGUUUGUGCGCCUCUGGGUGUGUGGAUCAUGUCAUCCACUUGCCGAGCAAUGUGAUGAGUAGCUGUGGGAGCACUAGCAUCGGCACAAAGCUAAAAAUCCAAAAGAAUUCAGAAAAAAGUGACGAGACAGUUGUCAUAGAACAACAGGACGACGAAGAAUUAGAGAACAACGAAGCAUUAAGAGACUAUAACGUUGGUGACAUUCUCAGAGUACCAAGAGCCACUCUGUUCAUUUGCCAGAGAAACUCAAGCACCUUCUCAGCUGACCACAGUUUUUCGAGGUUCAAAACCAGAUCCAGUGGUGAACCACGAAAUGAAUUUCGAAUGGCUCGCGGGGGUAUCAGUGGAGACCGUGGGAGAGGUGGAAGCAGCGGCGGGACAAGGGGUCGGGCCUUCAAGAAAACCGUCGUCGAUCGCGAGCCAAAUGCCGAUAGCAGUUACUCGCAUUCUUCAUUGAGACCAAAAUUUCAAGAAUCGCUGAAGAACCAAGAAAACAAGUAUUACGAUGACAAGAAAAUAAAUGAGGAUUCGAGAAUUUCUAAGCUUUUGAGGCGUUUGUGUCGAGAAGAUGACUACGAUCACUUUCUGGCUCUUUGCAAGCAAUUGCAGGAGGGCAUUGUCGCGCCCGAAAAUCAGAGGUACAUCAGGCGAAAUUUGGAUGUUAUAUGCGAAACUCUUAUGCAUAUUUUGUACAGUGGACCGAGUCUCGAAGCAAAACAACAGGUGGCCAAAUGCCUGGGACGCAUUGGCUAGAAGAAGAGAAAGAAGAAUUGGUCGUCGUUGCCAACGAAUGCAUUUAUCUUUUGCUCGGACACCUACAAAGCCGGGUCUCCAAAAACCACGAUCUGUUGUACAAAUUUAUUGAUCUGCAAUUACAGCGUGUCAGUAUCUUCUGGGACGAUUCCAUCGUGUCUAUGCUCAACACCAUAUCCAAAGUAAUUAAAGAGGUCUCGGCCAAUCUGCCGCUGGAUUUAGUGCAUACUCUGUUAGGCAAAAACUCAACCAUCGUGAAGCUGUGUUUUAGAAGCACUGUCGUCAUUCAAAAUGCAGUUUUCGGAGUAUAUCACAGCUUGCUGAGUCUCAAGAAUAUCCCGUUGCUACAGGAGGCUUAUCGUUACAUCCUCGCCGAUUUGGAAAAUUCCUAUAAGACGAUCAUACCCGGAAUCGAGCCUCUUGUACAAGAGAACCGUCUUACAGAUUCGCAGUACCAUAGGAGAAACGCAGAAAUCGUAUUGAUAUUUUUAUUGCGAGCACUUUCUGAUAUUGACCACACGAUCCAUUAUUGUCUGUGGAGAGUCCGUUAUUGCAAUAUCAUAUCUUGUUUUUGCUUUUUACUCAUUGCUCAAGAUACAACCAUUUCGUGCCAAGUUCCAGUUUAAUAACAGGCACAAGUUCUUGCCGUCCGCUGGACAUUUUUUCUGGAACAUUAUAAGUGCCUACAGUCUCGCCGACCAGCGGACAUUUGUCCAUAAUUCUGAAUCUCAUUGCAAAGACUAUUGAAAAUAAAAGAGCACCUGAUCAAACUCUGCUUUUGCUGCUCGACUUGAUACAGGAGAUUUACUUGCAGGCUGAAAAUUAUAUCGGAGUGCUUAGUAAAACUGAAGAAUGUCAAACGGUGGUUUCGAGCUUAUUGGUUUGCGGUGCAACGACUAAUCACAAAGUUUCUAUGGCGGUCUGCAAAAAUAUUGAAAGUUUGCUGAAAGCAAAACAGGUUUCAUGGUCAGAGGAAAUUUAUUCCAAUAUUGUUGACUUGGCUACUCUACACUUGACUUCAUUGGACAAAACUGUCCGUGAAACGUAUGGACAUCUACUCAUGAACAUUCCGCUGAACAUAGUUAUUCCAAAACUGAAUAAGGCUGGCUUACUAUCAGAUGACAAGAAAUUCCGGAACAUACAAAACUACUCGUGCGAAUCUUUAAUUUUGGCACAAAGACUACAUAUGCGAAGCAACAAUGGCGAAAUGCAAGCUCAACAUUUUAAAACUUACAUGGCCUUCCUUUUACUAGAGUAUUACUUCGACGCCUUCGGUUUAUCAGAAGUUUUCAUAUUGUGCUGGCCGACUAUAUCAGAUAACGAAACAAUAGCAAAGAUGUACGAAUUAGCCCUAGCCAACCGCACAUUCCUAUUUUUCUGGGGUGGCUUUGAGGCUGCGCAACACUCCGUACCACCUUGGGUAAACCUCAGGAAACUUUCACAACUAUUGAAGGCGUUCUCAGGACACUGGCGCGUGAGAUUUCCUGUACAGCUGAAAUUCCUAAAAAAGAUAAACGCGGUCUCGACUACUCGCUGCACGAGCAUACGAGAGUCAGACAACUGGUCGAGUUUCUGGAGCAUCUUGAGCGCGUUAUUCAUAAUGCAGCUGAGGGCUGCGCUGUCGCUUUAUUGCCGCACUCCAAGCCUGUACGCACGUUCUUCCAUACCAACAGAUCAACGUGCAAAGAAUGGCUGAAUCGUAUAAGAUUGGCCCUAUGCGUAGUCUCACUGCACGCUGUUUUUGCCACGAAUGCCUUGAGAAAUGGACAGAGACUGCUCGAUGAUCUAUGCACCGCCAACGCGCAGUACAGAGAACAAGCAGUCACGUCAAAAGCUGUACCCGCUAUAGAGCCGAUGACAAAUGAAGCGCCAACGAUUUUAACUAAUCCAGACGAUUUUUCCGGAGAACUAAAUUUUCAACUUUUCAUCAACCGUGACGAGUGCUAUAAAAAAUCAUUUGUGUAUUCAAAGCAACUCCGCAAAGUAUCCCUAAGUAUAAAUAAGGUGCUGCCAGUGCAAUUUGCUUAGCAAAAUAGCUCAUUCAACCUUCGUGUCCGAGCGUGCACGAUCUUUCAGGCUAGCCAUAGUCGCGAUAAACCAGCCCAACGCUGUCGAGCCCACAAGGAAAUCGACUUGGCAGAAAAUAAUCACGUCGAAUCACUGUCAAUGAAAUUUACGUUUGGGACCUACCAAUGAGGUAGCUUGUACCAAGAAGAUACAAAUAA